UGCUUUGACUGUUUCCACAUAUUUUCUGCAGGGUAAUUACUCUCUAUUUGCACCAUGGAUUUCUUGUUCCCCAUAUUUUUUAGCUCUUUUUGUUUUUUCAUCGUGGAAACAUCCUACGUACAAAAUGAACUUGAGGACCGGAAUUACGCCUUCGAGCAGACGAGAAACGUUGGACAAUACCCCAACGCUGGAAAUCUCAUCGACAAGGAAAGCUCUAGACAAGAGCGUUUCCUGAAGAAGCUAGGAUUCCUUUCCGGGAUCAAAGUGGGCUCCUCCUUCCCUUCACAGUCCUCCGGGCAGCUCAUCGCGACCCACAACGGCAACUUCCUCGGCAGAUUCCUGAACGCCAACAUUCGGCUCAUCUACGGCUCGCAGCCUCUUCUCGGCGGGGGCAUAGGGGGCGUGGGGGCAGUCAUCCCCCCCGUCACCACGGUCACCACCGGCGGCCUCAAGGGUGGCCCCGAUGCCGGAGCACAGGGCACCCCCGGCUUCAUCCUCAUCCCUUUGAGGAGGGACCCGUCCGUGACCGAUAAGAACAACACAGACGACAAGCUCAGUGUUGAGUCGAUUUUGAUCCCUGUUUAUGAGAAAGUGGGGACCGUCAAAAUCCCGGAGCUAGCAGCAGCAGCUACCAAUGAACGGGCCACUACGACCACUGAAAAUCCCCCGGUUGAUAUUGCUACUAACGUGGCGGGUACCUCUGGUGGAAAUGGGGCAGGGCCCUCUGGCGGAAAUGGGGCAGGUCCCUCUGGUGGAAACGGGGCAGGUCCCUCUGGCGGAAAUAUGGCAGGUCCCUCUGGCGGAAAUGGGACGGCGACAGAUACGUUUUUUAUUCUUUGAU